AUGGCUGACAGCCGAGGCGAUGCAAGUGAGGCGGCCCUGGGCUCUCCCAGUCCUGCCCAGCAGCCGCCUCGGGGAAGGGAUAACUCGGAGGAGACGGCGGCGGUAGACCCAGUUCCCGGCGGCAUGGAGGGAGGGGCAAUGGUCCGGGAUCCACCGGUGCUGCCGCUGGGGAAAAGACUGGCAGGCAGCCCCGCGCCCGGGGAGACAGGGGGCGGGGUCCCUCCAGGCGGGCUGGCCCUACGCUUCGACAAGCCCAUCAAGCAGGCCUUCUACAACACGGGCGCCGUGCUGUUCGUGUGCCUGUGCUGCGGCGCCGCCGUGCUUGUGUACUUCAUCCUCGAGGCCUUCCUUCGGCCACUACUGUGGGCCGUGCUGUGCGGCACCUUCCUGCACCCCUUCAAGAGCUCCCUGACGCGCCUGGGCCGCCGCUGGCUCCGCCGACUACACCGCGCCCACACUCCCAUCGUGCUAGCUGCGCUGCUGCUGCCCCUCUGCUUCGCUAACUACGGUGUGGAGGCCCUGGGCGAGCAGGUGCUGAAGCGCCGACGCCUGCUGCUGCUGUUGGGCGCAGGCGCUCCCCUUCUCUACACCCUCUACCACCUGGGCAGCUACCUAGGCGUGCAGGUGCUGCUGGCCCACGUCUGCGCCCUCAUCUGUCGGGGGCUGGACUACUUCAACACCCUGUGGAUCUGGACAUUGGUAGUUGGCUAUGUGUUGGCUGUUUCUUUCAAGUGGAAUGCAAGUACUGAACGCUAUUUGAGAGCAGUUUCAAUUCCUGUCUGGAUUAUAUUACUUUUCCACUUAGCAUCUCUGGCUGGCUCCUGGAGAAUCCCAGUAUUCCUGGUCAUAGUUUUUCUGAUGUCUGUGGGUACUCUUUAUGAAAAGCAGAGUGAAAAAGUCUCCUCUGGGACAGAAUUACCUGGUCAAGUGAUUUCUAUUGCUGCUUCUACGUUGGCCACAUUUGCAAUAUCCAUCACAGGGUAUGAGCCAGGUCAGGAAGAACAUAAUUCAACACAACAACUGUCAGAAACUGCAAAUGAUGGAGAACCCAUUCAUACAUUUUCUUCGUCUUCCUCUGCUUCCUCUCCAUCCCCCACUUUGGGCAGACAGAGGCCCGAGAUUGGAACAUUUCUUAGAAAAAAGAAAACUAGUGAUGUAUACUUCGUCACCCUUGUAUGGGCCAUCAUUAUAGUCCAGAUUUGGUUGAAUUUAUGGAUUGUCCAGUUGCUUCCAGUGCCUGUUGCAGUCUGGAUACUCAAAAAACUUUUUAUACAUUUUGGAGCUGUGAACUUCUUAGAGAAACGCUGCUCCGGCUGGUGGCAAAUUCUGGAAAAAUUUUUGAAGGAACGGCAAGAAGCUCUUGCACCAUGGCCCAUUAUAGGGCUUGGAAAGUUCAUGUUAAAAGUUGAUAGCAAGCUGUGGCAUUGGCUUAAUAAGAAGAUGAUCGUGUGGUUGGAAAAAAUGCUAGAUAAAAUAAUCAGCAUUUUCAUCAUAUUUUUGCUAGUGAUAGGAACACUUCUUCUGGCCUUACUCCUUACAGCAAAGGUGCAUCAAGAAAGUGUACAUAUGAUUCAAGUCACAAGCAGCUUAAUCAAUGAGACUGUUGCCAACCACCCAGAAUGGGCGAACUGGCUUCCUGAAGCUCAGGUAGUUCAAAGAGCUCUCAAUUCUGCAGCUAAUAAUGUCUAUCAGUAUGGACGAGAAUGGAUAACACAUAAGCUUCACAAGAUUUUGGGAGAUAAAGUAAAUAAUACUGCUAUGAUUGAAAAGCAAGUACUAGAACUUUGGGACAGACUGUAUCAUUCUUGGUUUGUAAAGAAUAUAACAUAUUCUGGAAGGCACAAAGGUCACAAGAUGAAUAUAACUCGUCAGAAUAGCUGGCUAGGAGAUAUUUUGGAUUGGCAAGAUAUUGCUUCCUUUGUUCACGAGAACAUCGAGACAUUUCUUUCUAUCCUGGAAUCCCUGUGGAUAGUGAUGAGUCGCAAUGUGAGCUUGCUUUUUACCACAGUUACAACAUUACUGACUAUUCUUUUCUACAGUGGGACAGCACUCCUCAAUUUUGUGCUAUCUUUGGUGAUUUUCUUGACCACACUGUUUUAUUUAUUAAGUUCCAGUGAUGAAUACUACAAACCAGUGAAGUGGGUAAUAAGUCUGACACCACUGUCUCAGCCAGGCCCUUCAUCUAACAUAAUCGGUCAAUCUGUGGAAGAAGCCAUAAGAGGUGUGUUUGAUGCGUCCCUCAAAAUGGCUGGGUUCUAUGGAUUGUAUACUUGGUUGACUCACACCAUAUUUGGAAUCAAUAUUGUCUUCAUCCCAUCAGCAUUAGCAGCAAUCCUUGGAGCAGUACCAUUUCUGGGGACAUAUUGGGCAGCAAUACCUGCAGUUCUAGACCUGUGGCUUACUCAGGGAGAAGGAUGCAAAGCAAUCUUGCUUCUGGUUUUUCACCUCUUACCAACAUACUUUGUAGAUACGGCAAUCUACUCUGACAUAUCAGGAGGAGGCCAUCCUUACUUGACUGGUUUAGCAGUGGCUGGUGGAGCAUACUACCUAGGCCUAGAAGGAGCAAUCAUUGGCCCCAUACUUCUCUGUAUACUCGUUGUGGCCUCUAAUAUCUAUAGUGCCAUGUUACUAAGUCCCACAAACCCAACACCCACCCCAGGUCAGAUGUUGUGGCUUCCACAGACACAACGAGGAAUUUCUGAAGAUCCAAAAUCAUCAGAGUGAUGUUGCACCAACUUCUUUAAGAAAUUCUUCUUGCAUUGAGUCCAAAACAGUUGUGGAUUUCUGUCCUUCCAGCUGUAAUGAUCAAGAAAGUCCAGUGAAGUUGCAUUUUGGAAGGAAAAUGUGUCUGCUGACUUAUAUAUGGAGCACUUUGAUUUGCAAGAAAGAACAAAUGCUGCUGGUGGAUAUGUAUAUUAACAUGUAAUCUUACAGAAGAGAAACUUGUCCGAUGACUUAUUUUUUAGAAAAUGACCUUGAAAAGUUUUUAGUUAUACACUGGAGUCAUGCCUGUUACCUGCUGGGACAACCAACUUGGAUGUUUUCCUCUGUGGCAAUCUGUUUUGUUCAAAUAGCAUUAAGAAGGGCAAGAUCAUAACUGCUUUCUUCUGAAGCAUAUAGGUAAAUGAAGGAAAUGUGUGCUUACAGUAAUUUUAAGAGCUCCUAAGUACCUGUUAUUAAA